AUGGAGAAUCAACCCACCCUCUUAACUCCUGUAGUGAUAUCCGAAAGGGUGCCAGGGGCCUUGAGGAGGGAGGCUGACAUUCGAUGCAUGCAACCUGGGUUUUCUUGGUUUGGUGAAGCCCAAUGUCAGGCUGGCCGCAAGCUUUACUCCAAUGCCAAGUUUUUACCUCAGAGGGAGAUGGGUCGGAAGUUGAAAGGGAUUUCUCUAGAAGUGCCAUUGGCGUUCGUCUUGACCAAUCGGGACUAUUUCAGGAUGAAGCCACGAAUUGCGCUCUGGGCUACGGGUUUCUACCUUAGCCGAGAGUCAAUCAGAAAAUCAACCCUUUUGAAUUUUCAAUGAUGAGAAACCCUGUUGACGCAUGGCGUGGUGACCAAAACUUUCCGACAAUCAGGAGCAUGUGCAAGCCCAUGCAUAGUAGAAGCAAGACUUUGAAGGUCGUAUUACGAUUGUCGGCGAACCAGAGGAGUGGAGCGCUAUGGAAGGGAAUAA